GUUUUCACGAAGUAACGGUGGCCAUGGUUUGGACGUUUCUCUGGCCGCCGAAAGCGGGAAAACCUUGUGCCUCGAUGGCCCUCGGAUUCCCAACGCAAGCCACCUCGGCCCGUGGCUCCUAUCCGAGCAGAAACGGAAGUCGGACGCUCUUGACGAGUAACGGCCUCUCGGUUUGUGUUUGGACGAAUCGUAUCAUCCCCCUGGGAACGGUGAGGGGAGAUGAGAAAGCUUCGAGGCAAAGCGAAAAGAAAAGAAAAAAGAAAAAAAACCCCGCUCGGCCCAGACUCGCAGAAGAAGCCCGGCCCUUGUUGUGGGUAGGACGCUGCUCAUACCUGGCGGGCGUCUCGUUUGAGUGGGCGCACUCGAAUAGACGUACUGGAAUGGGCAUACUUAUCGUGUACGCAAGGGAACCUCUUCCACACGAGAACAAGCCCGAAGGGCCUCGUCCCGCCGUUGACGGUGAAAGCCGUUUCGAUGAGAUUCUGACGUCGAUCGUUUCAAUUGUGCCCACCGCGUAUCCUCCAUCUGGUCGAGUAGAUAGCGGAACUCGGCCACGUUCACGGCAAUCCUUCCCUCAGGAGCCAAGGGUCACUCCGCUAGUCAGGGCACCGACGCCGAGUCGCCACGAUAGACGACGCAGACGACUCGGCGGGUUGCGCCGAAGCAGACCCAGCAACGGGAGGCUGUUGUCCCGGCUGGUCAAGGCGCAGAAAACGUCUCGAGUUGCGAUCCCUCCAUCGGUACUCGGCUGACCAGUCUCUCCGUCCCCUCUCUCCUCCAGUGAAGCGCUGGACUGGCCUCUCGUCCUCUUCAGCCCGCCUCCAUCUCUCGAUGGCCCGCAUUGACGGGAUAUGCGGAGCAUUGGUCGUACUCCGUCCGACCCCCCCCCUGAAACGGAACAUGUGCGCAUGCACUCGCCCUCCGCGGCCUACCCGGG